AGGAACUGAGGCAACAUGGCGGGGGUCAGGACUGCAGGGGCAGCGGGGGGUCAUUGAAGGGCCCUCCGGGGCUGUUUAUGGCCUUGACGCGAACGUCCCGGAGGGCUCCUCUCUUCCCCGGGGCCCUCCGGAGCGUGGCUGCCCGCGGGCAUUCCGGGGGUGGCUCAGAUGCGGGUGUGCGCCGGCAGGACUCCCCCUCGGGCCUGUAUGAGCUGCUGGGGGUGCCUCCGACGGCCACGCAAACCCAGAUUAAGACGGCCUACUACAAGCAGUCUUUCCUCUACCACCCGGACCGCAACGCCGGCAGCGAGGAGGCGGCCGAACGCUUCACCCGCGUCAACGAGGCCUACCUGGUGCUGGGCAGCGUUGCCCUGCGUAAGAAGUACGACCGUGGCAUCCUCAGCCGCCGGGACGUCCGCAUGGCCGGGAAGCCCUCUGGCAGGGAGCCUGCCUCUAGCCCGCCGCCGAGGAGGACCCAGACCUUCACGGCCAGCUCCCAUCCCCCCCACAAUCCCCACAAGCCCAUCUUUGACUUUGACAAAUUCUAUCGGGAGCACUACGGCGAGCAGCUGCAGCGGGAACAGUUAAUCCGUGAGAGGCAGAAGGAACUGAAGAAACGCAAGGAGAUUGAGAAGCAGUGGAACCCGGACGAUCUGAAGAACAUGGCGUUUGUUCUAACCUUCGUUGCUGCUCUGGCCUUUUUCUUGGGCCGCAAAUGAGUGAGGGGCAGGAGAAGGGGCGGGAGAAAUGUGUGCGUGUCGUGGAAGAAGACAGACUUCCUGAGGAACACGCAAAGCCACUGUUGGGACUAAACAAAAAACAAGGAGCAUCUUUACCUGGCCCAAAGUGCCUGGCAGUGGCAGUUGUCACAGAGCCCAAAACAUCUCUUUGAGUGCAGCAUCCAGUUAAGUCCAUCCUGGAAGGGGUGUUCCUUUCAUGCUUAGACUGUGGCCAUAGAUCACCCAUAGGGCAAACGAGAGGCAUUUCAAAACAAUUUUGACUGUUGCUAGCAGCCCCAAAGGUGGCAGAAAACAAGUCUCCAAACACUGGUUCUGAUUAAAGAAAAUUCAGUUUAUCAUACAACAAGCAGAUAAUGGUUGGAUUUGGUUUUGUCAGUCACCUAUUGUGUCUGGAUCAACAGCUUGAGUGGGUUUAAUCAUCAACCUCUAAUUACAUUUUGACAAGGCAUUAAUUGUAUUUUAAGUGUUAAGAUUUGAGUAUGGUGCUUUGGUUACCAGGUGUCACCUCUGCAGUGUUCAGCAAUCCCUUGGGGUGGGGUAUUUAACUCUAUUUUAAUUCUCCCACCAAUAGAGGUGAAAUUUGGCUGGUUUUGUCAAUGCCUUUUCUGUUCUGUCGGUGAGACUACACCUAUUUUAGCUCUCCAAAGUUUUAAAGGAGCCAUACCUAACAGCAUUGUAAGCAAGUCUCUGGUUUGUGAUAAAGAAUGCCCUUCUACGCUUCUGAGCAGAGGCCUCUGCACAGUUUGUAAUGACUUCUGCUAAUGAUUGCUUGAAAGGGGCAAACUACUUCAGAUUUUGAACUGACGGUUUGCAAUGCAGUGACACAGGAAUCAUGUUUUGAUGUGUAGAUCACAAGAGAUUAAAACAGUGUAUAUGAAUUUUAUUUUAAUAUAUAAAGACACCAAGAAUGAGCUGAGAACUGUAUUCUGUAUCCUUACAGGUGAUGUUAAAUCUGCAUUCUUAAUUGUGAGGAGGCUUCCAAGUGUCAAA